CAGCGGAAGUGCACACUUCUAUCGACACACACACACACCCACACACAUACAAACAGAGAGGACCUGUGGCCCCCGUCCCGGAAAAAGAGCGUCCGCAUCCUGUCGGACACAGAAGUCCGAGACCAUGAUCAAACGUAAACUGAGCUUCAAGUGGUUAGGUAGUCUCACCAGCCUUCGUCGGAAAUCAGAUACCCAGAAGGACGAUGUCAAAGAGGUGUCCACCGACGAUAUGGGCAUGCAUCCACGGACCCAGAGCUACGCCAGCUCCAGUGAAAUGUACACGCACAUGGGCACCAUGCCGCGAAACCCGAAGAAGGACAAAAACUCAAAAAAGAGCAAGUCCAAGGACAAGUCCAACAUCAGUCGGACUCAAAGCAUGAGACCUCAACAGGACCAUGUCGUUGAUUCCCCCCUUCUUAGCGUACUCUCUGGGAAGGGCUUGGAGGUCCUGGAGAACCCCAUCUUGGAAGACAAGCCAGCUGUAGAAACCAGAGAUAAUCACAUUCAGAAUCGUGACCUUCCACCUCCACCAACUACGGAUGGACACUCAUCAAAGCUGGAAGAAGAUAAAGAGCCAGUGAAUGACUCCAAGCUACAUGUCGAUCCACCAAAUGCAUGUCUGGAACCUUCACCAGAUCUAAGUCAGAGCAAAGAGCCAGACGUCCAGCCAGUACUGCCCAAGAAGAGACAUAAGGAAGGAGAAACCUCCAUGAAGAAUGCUGAGGAGCUCCAGGUGGACUGUAACUUGAUUCAGUUACCACCGAAAAUCAGCAGCCAAGUGGAACAGAAACAAGCAGCAGAGGAAGAUGAUGAAAUCGAAUCAGAUGGUAAACAAGACAGUCAGGAAGAGAAGGAGCCAAACAGACCGCGGGACACCAGAGACAACCAAGGAGAAUAUGUGGAAUUCUCCAAGGAGAAGUACCUGCUGGAGUCGCCUCCGGAGAAACUCAGGAAGGAGCUGGAGGAGGAGCUCAAACUCAGUAGCAGUGAUAUGAGGAGCCACGGCUGGUACCAUGGCCAUAUUCCACGAGAGGCUUCAGAAACUUUGGUUCUGCGCAGCGGCGACUUCCUCGUACGGGACUCCUUGUCGACCGUGGGCGACUAUGUCCUCACGUGUCGCUGGCAGCAGGAAGUGAUCCACUGUCGGAUCAGUAAAGUCCUGGUCAAGAGUGGGCAAACCAAAAUCCAGUACAUGCUGGAGCAUGAGAGCUUCGACUCUGUCCCCACGCUGGUCAGGCACCACGCUGGCACGGGUCGACCCGUGUGCCCGCACACCGGAGCCCAGCUGCUGUGUCCAGUCAACCGAACGCUGCCACUGAGGUACCUGGAAGCCACGUUUGCUUUGGCCGGUGGGAGACCGGGAUCUGCACAUUCGCCAUCGACCCAGAGGGGGGCACACAUCAAGAGACGAAGCGUUACUAUGACGGAUGGACUGACGACGGAGAAGAUCAUUCCUCACAGUGCCGCCCAGCCUACAGAGCCAGAUGAGCCUCAGACAGUCGAGCCAGAGGUGAAACCAGCGGAGGGCAGCAGCUGCCCUUCAACGGUGCACCAUAAGGAUGCAAUGAGGAACUGUGCCAUGAGCAUGGAUCAGAUCCAAGAAUACCGCUGCCCACUGUCCCCUGUGGGGGAAACACCUCUAUCCCCAGCCUACAGCUCCAUCUCCCGCCACAGACAUGGCUCAGGUGGGCGUGUCCUCGCCGUGAUCCCACCUUCUCCUGUGAUGCGCCGCUCCAGCGAUCCCCAUCUCUCGCCAUCCUCAUCCAAUAACAACCUUCCCUGCUCGGACGCGCCCCCCAGCAGCCACUCCACGCCUGCCCACGGAUACCCGUCCGAGAUCUCAGAGCAGGGCGGCAGCUACUGUGAGCUGAGACCCGGUCAAGCCCCCAUUCCUCCUUGCAAGAGCUACGUAGAGAGGCUGAAGGUGGAAGAGGGCCAAAGCCCGGGCUCUGGAGCCCCAGACGGGAUGGAAACCUUCAUGCUCCCCCUGGUGGAGACCAGCUCUUCCUUCAAGCCUGGGAAAUACCAGUCGACUCUUCUGCCAGCCGAGAAUAAACCUCUGGAGAUGAGCGUGUUGAAGAGGGUGAAGGAGCUGCUGGCGGAGGUGGAUCCCAAAACAGCCGCCAAACACAUCACCAAGGCAGACUGCACGGUUGCUAGGAUACUGGGCGUUACCAAGGAGAUGCAGAGGAUGAUGGGAGUGAGCUCGGGGCUGGAGCUGCUGACUCUUCCGCAUGGACACCAGCUGAGGCUGGAUCUGCUGGAGAGGUUUUACACCAUGUCUAUAAUGAUGGCAGUGGAUUUGUUGGGUUGUACGGGCAGCACAGAGGAGAGAGCUGCCCUCCUGCACAAAACCAUCCAGCUGGCUGCUGAACUCAAGAGCAACAUGGGUAACAUGUACGGAUUCGCUGCGGUCAUGAGAGCGCUGGAGCUGCCACAGAUCUCACGGCUGGAGCAGACGUGGAUAACACUGCGACAGAGACACACAGAAGGCGCCAUCCUCUAUGAGAAGAAACUCAAGCCAUUCCUGAAGGCCAUGAAUGAUGGGAAAGAGACCUGUAUCCUCUCGAACACCUCUUUUCCUCACGUGGUGCCAGUGUUGUCGCUUCUGGAGCGCGGCGUGGCGGCAGGGGAGGCGCUGGAGUCCUGGGAGAGUGUGGAGUCUGGAGUGGAUGUGGUCAUGAGUCAUCUGGAAGCAGCUCGAACCAUUGCUCACCACGGAGGACUGUAUCGCACCAAUGCUGAGAGCAAACUACAGGAUUUCCAGGAGCGGAAGGAGGUGCUGGAAAUCUUCUGUACAGAGUUUCAGAUGAGGCUUUUAUGGGGCAGUCGUGGCUCCGAAGGCAGCCAGGCCGAGCGCUAUGAGAAGUUUGACAAGGUCCUCACCGCUCUGUCCCACAAGCUAGAAUCUCCUGUACGACACAGUGAAUUAUAGCACCCUCGCAUCACAAAUGGUAUGAUCCCUGACCUUUCUGUCACUCCUACUCCUGGACCAGGCCAUGCUUUUUUUGGGGGGAGCCACAUGGGAAAUGGAGAAUGUGACAAUGAGGGACUCUGCAAAACAAGGCACAAAAGGGGACAGGCUUUAUGCGAGCAUGAGAGCACCCCCUAAAGAACACAGAUGCGAACUGCAGCAAUGGAAUGAAAUAAAAAUCUAAAGCCAAAAUCUCUUCUUCAGUGGUGACCAAGGGCACUUCCUUUUCAAAAAGAGAGAAUGUGAUAAAGUGCAAGCUGACUUUAACCCAAAUGGGUCUGAAUCCUGUUUUAUGUGAAUUCAUAAUUUAGUUUUCAUCAGCUGUUGACAAAAAGCAAAGAUGUCUUGCAGAGGUGACGCGUCUCUGCACAAGAGAUGAGACUGCAUUGACGUUACACAGUCACGAUUUAUUGCUGGAAUAGACUGAACACACACUCACUUUUCAAAUGUCUGAAUGUAAGUUGCCAAAUCAUGAAUUCAAACAGAUGUCUGCUGGAUAGAGUCUUAUUUUUAUGCUCAUUUUUUGGGUUCACUUCUGUGUUUUUUUCUGUAUUGCUUUAUCGAUAGAAAUGGAGUCGACAGUUACUAUGAGGAAUUGGGCCUUCAUUUUUAAUGAGCGUCUAACAGAUGCUCACAUUCACACUCUCUCCAGGUUUGACAACAUUGCUUCUCAGAGUACUUUGGUGUCUGUAUGUGUUAGAGAAGAAGUGUAAGAUAGAAGACAUACUGUUUUCUUUCCUCUCUUUCUGUCAUUCUGGGAUUUUUUUUAGUUUUGCCCAAAGAGGUCAUAUCAUGAGGAAUAUCAGAAUUUAAAAAUCCAGUGCAAAAAUGCAUUUAUUGAAACUUGGCAACCCAAGUUCAUUAGCAUAUGACUGCCCACUUCACACAUCAACAUGUGCGAAACACCAGAAGAACUAAUGAUAAGAGUAAAAUUGACAUGUUGUGUUAACAUGUUGUGCUAUUUUUGGCUGUGUGUAUCACCUACAGUUCUGCGGAUCCUUCGAACGGAUCCCAAAUGUUCAUUUGGGAAACAAUUCAUUUACAGCGCAAAUUGUUUACAUGUGGCAGCGCAAACUAUAUUACCAACCCACAGCUCAUGUGUUUCUCAUUUCACAUACAAAGGAGGGCAUUUGCAUAAAGUCUUAAAGGCGCAGCAGCACAAAAAUAGCCUGUUUAAGUUUAAACAUGAGAAAGAGAGUGAAAAUUGACUUAAUUAUAAUAAUUUGGACUGAUGAUAUGACCGCUUUAAUAUUUUUCAUGACAGACUGUGCUAGUCAGUAUGGCUAUAGCAAUGAGGUUUAGCUGUCUUUUAGAUACAUAAUGUAUAUUCUCAAUGAGAUCACAAUGAAUGUCAGUUUGUAUUAUUUAAGAGACACAUAUAGUCAAACUUUACAGAUCAAGUCUAUGCCCAGAUCAUCUAUUGCAAAUUAGCAAAGACAUUUGAUUAUUCAUUCAAACAUUCAAAGUAAUGUUACAAUGGCAAUAAGUUACAAGCUAAUAUAUGGAGGAUCGUUGUGCAUUAAUGCAUAUUGAUCAUAUUUAAGAUUAGGAGUUUUACUAAAACUCUAUUUUGAUGCAUAAAUCACCCGUUUAUCCAACAGGUAUGCACUAUACCUCAUAUUGUGCAAAUCAGUUAAGGAAAGGUGGCUAUUGUUUUUUUUAAGUUAUCACAAUUUUCACUUUGGUGGGAAUAAUAAAAGAGCUAAAAAAUCCCAUAGAGUUGAAUGGGCUCUUUUGAUUUGGGCCAGUGAGUAGCCACCUAGGAACCACCUGAAACCACAUAACAACACCCUAGUAGCUGCACAGCAACAUUAUGACAUCCUGGCGGCGACUUAUGUAUGAGUACCAUUCACAUUUUAAUCACAAAGAAAGUCUGAAAGAGCUCAGCUAUUAAUAGCCACAUGUUCAUUAGAUUCAAAAACACCCAAUACUGUUUUCAUAUUCUGGUAGAUUUAGCCAAACAAAACCCAAAGUCACAUACAUAUACCUCUAUCAGCAGUGUAAAUGUUUUACCCUUAUUUCUGGGUACCAUAAAGAGAAAAGAUGUAGGUAUCUGGUUCUAACACGAUCUAUUGUGUAUCAUAUUCAGGCUGCUAUACUUCACACCCAGUCUAUCGAUGCAUAUUUCCAGGGAAUUUUCUGAAGGUAUUUUUUCAGGUAUCUUAAUAAAGGCACAUCUGAAAGUAGACGAUGCUGUCUGUCACAGAUAGGGGAGCAUUAUGGGAUGAAAAGUGGAUCAUAUGCAAUUUCACUUUUAGCCAGCAGAGGGCUCUGUUUAGUAAGCUAAAACUAAUAAAGGAAGUAAGUUUUGAACCUUUUGAAACUUUUUUUAACAAGGCCUGCUGGUCUAGGACUGUAUCUUGUGUUUGGUUUCUCUACUGUAAAGGUAAAUGUGUGACUAUUUCGUUUUGUAAAUAGUUACCCCUAAACGGUUGACGAUAGACGAGGUGGACGAGGUCAUGUGAUUGCAUCCUUUUAUUAUGUGCUGUACAUACUGGUAUGUCAUAUGUUUUGCACUCUUUUUUCAGAAAAUAAAAUACAGUAAGCUUG